AUGGCCGCCAACGGUAUAAUGGUGGAGGAUGACCAGGCCAUGUCAAGUUCGAGCGAUGUCUUGGUGCUGGCUCCACCUGGGGAGCUUGAGGACUUCGCUGGGAUGUUCUUCCGGAAAUACGCGAAGCGCGGCCUUCUUCCAGCGGAAAAGCUUGGCGAUGCCAUGCGGCUGCUGUGUAUGAACCCGACGGCAGAGGAGGUGUCCCGGCACCUGCUGAAAUGUGGCAAGAAGGUCAUGCUGGAGCAAGCAACCUUCUGCCAGUUGCUCCAGGAUUGA